GAACGUCAUGUCCAAGGCUACCGGGGGCGCGGCGGCGGCGGCGGCGCCAGCAGGGGCGGAAAGUUGCUCUAGUCCGGCCGCCUCUGCCGUGGUGGAGGACCUGUCCAAAGUGUCAGACGAGGAGCUGCUCCAGUGGAGCAAGGAAGAACUGAUCCGCAGCCUCCGCCGCGCCGAGGCGGAGAAGGUGAGCGCGAUGCUGGACCACAGCAAUCUUAUCCGAGAGGUGAACCGCCGCCUCCAGCUACACCUCGGCGAGAUACGCGGCCUCAAGGACAUUAACCAGAAGCUUCAAGAGGACAACCAAGAGUUGAGAGAUCUUUGUUGUUUCCUGGACGAUGACAGGCAGAAGGGGAAAAAGGUGUCCCGUGAGUGGCAGAGACUGGGCAGAUACACGGCCGGAGUGAUGCACAAGGAAGUGGCCUUAUAUCUGCAGAAACUGAAGGAGCUCGAAGUGAAGCAGGAGGAGGUGGUCAAAGAGAACAUGGAGCUCAAAGAGCUCUGCGUGAUGCUGGACGAGGAGAAAGGCGGUUGUGCCGGCAGCCGCAGCUCCAUCGACAGCCAGAUCAGCUUGUGCCAGCUCGCGGCCUCUACCGCCCCCUACGUGCGGGAUGUGGGCGACGGCAGCAGCACCUCCAGCACGGGGAGCACCGACAGCCCCGACCACCACAAGCACCACGCCAGCGGGAGCCCCGAGCAUCUCCAGAAGCCCAGGGCGGAGGGCAGCCCGGAGCACUCCAAGCACAGGAGCGGCAGCCCGGAACAUCUGCCCAAACCCAGGGUUUCUGGGAGCCCAGACCACCAGAAACAGCUCAAAGGACCCAGUCCGGAGCAUCACAAAACCCUCGUCAAGGGCAGCCCCGAGCAGCAGAAGCACCCCGGCGGGAGCCCGGAGACCCUGCCAAAGCACGUGAUCAGCGCGAGCCCGGAACAUUUCCAGAAGCACAGGCCCGGCGGGAGCCCGGAGCACCAAAAGCACAGCAGCGGGAGCCCCGAGCACCUGCAGAAGCACAUCCUGAGCGGGAGCCUGGAGCACCUGCCCAGGGUGAGGGGGACCAGCCCCGAGCACCUCAAACAGCACUACGGAGGCAGCCCGGAGCAUCACAAGCACGUGGGCGGAGGAGGCAGCAGGGAAGGCACCCUCCGGAGGCAGACGCCCGACGACCUGUCCCCUCAUCACAGGAGUGUGUACAGUGGAAUGAAUGAAUCAACCUUGUCCUAUGUUAGGCAGCUGGAGGCAAGAGUAAGACAGCUGGAGGAGGAGAAUCGCAUGCUGCCCCAGGAAACCCAGAAUAGAAGGCAACCUCCAACUAGAAACAGCUCAAAUAUGGACAAAAGCUGGGGGUCCAGAGCCCGGCAGGUCUGGCUGUGGUGGCAGGGGUGCCGAGGAAUAGGAAGAUGCCUGCCCACUUUCCCGGGUCCUUUUAGGUUGCCAUCAGGGACUGAUGGGAAUAACAGUUCACCCACCUCUCCAGCUAGCUUCAGCGGACAUACCAUACCUUCUCAGCAGCCUGAACCAGUGGUACAUACUCUUAAGGUUGUGUGGCGGAAACUUGGAGAUGCUGCAGGUUCUUGUCCUGGAAUUAGACAACAUCUGUCUGGGAACCAGUACAAAGGACCCAUGUGAGAAGCGCUUCUCAAUACAAGAUUAGCCCUGAUGGUGGGAAAGAAAAAAGACAUGAUUUCUACUCAUCUGGACUCAGGGGGUUGAUGAUAGAGUAGUUGAAUACCACAUCUACGCCCCCCAUUCUACUGUUUUUUGUGUUUCUUGCUUCACUAUAUUCAAGUACAGUCUCUGAAUCAUGACAUUACUAAUUUGUUAUCCUACACAUUCUUCGAGAUCUUAAGACAAUUUGGAGUUUUUUUACGAAUUGGAGAUGUUUUGGUAGAGCUCUAGUGAUUUUUGACUGAGAUGACAUAGUGGAAACUUCCUACCAUGUUAUGUAAAAGCUAAGAAAUGGUGCUUUCCAGCUUCCAAAGUUUGGGAAGUAACCUAUCAAUUGUAUUUGAGUGUAUACAGUGCUAGUGGCUGGUGCUUAAUUUGAAAGAAAUUUGAAAGAUUUUUUCCCCAAAAAAUUCAGUAUUUGUAUUGAGGUAUUAAAAUUAUCUCAUAAAUUCAUUUUUCCUGUGUAGCAAAAUCCCUGGCAGAACUUGUCACAAAAUAAUUUCUGGCCAAUGGGGCAAGUAAUACAUUGUUGCUCCUUCAUUUUGAUAACACAACUUGGAGGUCACCUGUCUCUUGGCCCACUCUCCCAUCAGCAUUAAUAUCGACAAUUUGCAAGUUAAACUUUCAUGACCUUACUUGAAGGGUUUUCAAUUGUGAGAAAUGUUAAUUUUGACAAUUUUGUUUCUAGAGAAGCAGUUAUAUUUAAGAUUCUAAGUAGACUUUAAAAGAUUGCACUGCAUUUUUGAAAAAAAGCUUUCCUUGCCUACUGCAGCUUUCUUUAAAAGAAUUGUUUGAUGAUACUCAACGCAUGUCUUUUAUUAUUUUGAAGCUAAAACUCUUGUUCAGAUUGCUUGAAGGUUGACCAAGAGACAUGCUCGCUAUGCUUAGUUUAUUUCAUUUAUUAUUUGGGGGGAGGGGAAAUAUGUAUAACAUUAGACUGUGUGUAAUGGAAAUGCUAUGAUAGGUAUUUUGUGUUUAUCCAAAUGCAAUGAGUUUCUUGUAUGAAUAUGCAAGAAGCCUGUGACAGAAUGUUAUUACUUAAGUUUUUAACUGUAGCUUAGAAUAAAAGAGAUAGGAAUGCAACAAUUGUCAGUUUUCAAUUUGUUCUCAAUUACUAAGGAUUUGCUUUACAGCAAAUAUUUUCUCUUUUUUGUGAGCUUGUUACAUGUUGUAUUUAAUUGACCAUUUGGUAGUAGAAUGUAAGAAAUUGAUGUACACUUUAAAAAAAAUUAUGGUACUGUGAUGUAGAACCAGCUUACUGUUGUCUGAAAAUCCUUGUGUAUUAUUUUACCAGACUUUUCUCUGUAAUUAUCUUUAUUUGGUUAAAUUUUAAACCUAUAUUCCUUUUGAGAUGUUACAUUUUAAAAUUGUUAUUCUCUGUUAAGAAAAAACCUGCUUGCUAUAUUUGCAUUUUCACAAAAUUUUCAUCUAUAAACUUAAAUUGUUGUAUUCCUAUACAAUAUAAAACAUUUAAAACAAGUUUUUGUGCCUGCAGUAGGUCCUGCAGUAGCUAUUCAAGGGACAUUAGUCUUUUGACAAAAUACUUGUGUAAAUUUUAUACUGUAUUAAAACUAUUUUUUUAAAGUCCUGCAUAAAAUUGAGUAUCAAGUAUAUGUGUUCAUCUUAGCAAUGGUAAUAAAUUAUUUAAUCUCA